GCCCAACAAAUAAAUACAUCUUCAUUAUAUUCUCUUUGUCGAGUUGAAAUUCUUUGUAGAUUCGAAGAUCGUUCUUUGUGGAUUCAAAGAACAAUUAAUCGAUGUAUUCCGAUGUUUAUUAUUUUUGCAUUGCUUUAAAAUUCAAUGAAUUUCUAACGACUUUCUACAUGUUUAACUGUCGUUAGAUUUUAUAUUUUACGUACAAGGUUAAGGAUGUUAAUUCACUAUCGCUACAAUUAACAUCCAGAGAAGCCAGAGGAUAAGGUUAAAUAUGCAAGCUGUACGUUAAAGAAAUUUAAAAAAAAAAUUCAUUGAUAUGCAUCCAUUAAUUGUCUAUAAAAACAGAUAUAAAAUAAUCAUGAAAGUACUGUGCAUACAAACCCGUAAAAGUCCAACGAACUGAAUCCUUACAAAAAAAAAACACAUAUAUAAUUAAUUUACCUUCACAAAACGGCAUCCUCAAGCAUUAAUAAUAUGCUAUGAAUUAUUAACCCUAAUAAUCCCAUUGGGUGGAUUAAUUAGCGAGCACUUGCUUUGCCUAUUUAAACGCCCCUCAUUCCCUCCCUCUUCUCCUCCUCCCUCUCCUCACUCCUUCAGAAUAAGUUAACUUUUCAUUUCAAAGUUCUUAUUCAGAUAUUUCUUCUGCAUCGAGCCUCGGAGAUUUUGAUCGUUGAAAAGCCGGCUGAUCGUGAUGGCAUUCGCGUCAGAGAUCGAUUGCCUCCUUUUCGAUCUUGAUGAUACUCUGUACCCUCUGAGUGCUGGCUUAGCAAAUGAAGUUCCGAAGAAUAUCGGAGAUUAUAUGGUCGAAAAACUGGGGAUUGAUAGGAGCAAGAUUGCAGGAUUAUGUGAUGCACUUUACAAGAACUAUGGGACAACCAUGGCGGGGCUAAGGGCAAUUGGCUAUUCUUUUAAUUAUGAUGACUAUCACAGCUUUGUUCAUGGAAGAUUACCCUAUGAGAAGCUCAGGCCGGACCCAGUUCUCAGGCAACUUCUCCUGAGCUUACCCAUUCGCAAACUGAUAUUCACCAAUGCCGAUAAGAUGCAUGCCGCAAAAGCCCUGAGCAGGCUAGGACUCGAAGACUGCUUCGAAGGAAUCGUUUGCUUUGAAACUCUUAACCUGCCCAUCCAAGGUGAGCCAGAGCCUAAAAUCUUCGACAUUGUUGGGCGCUUGAGUCACCCCGAUCCCGCUGUGGAGUUGCCGAAGACCCCAAUUAUCUGCAAACCGUCUGAACACGCCAUUGAAUGCGCGCUCAAGCUUGCUAGUAUCGAUCCUCAGAGAACGAUGUUCUUUGAUGACAGUGUUCGUAAUAUUCAAGCAGGGAAACGUGUUGGUCUGAACACUGUGCUAGUGGGCAAAUCUCACAGAGUAAAAGGAGCAGACUAUGCAUUGGAGAGCAUUCACAACAUUAAAGAAGCCUUGCCUCAGCUCUGGGAAGAGACUGAGAAAUCUGAAGACAUUCUGUACUCUGGCAAUGUCACAAUCGAGACCUCAGUGACUGCUUGAGUGUGAAAAUGUAAUCAAUCGUUAGAGGAGGAAUAGGAUCUGGGUCAAGUGGUAGAAAUUGAUCCCCCAUUGUGUGCACUUUGUUGUAUAAAUAACUGUUGGUUAGAAAUAUAUUCCUCAUUUUGUUCUUCUC